AUGUCUGGGAGAGGAAAGGGCAGUGGCGGGAAAGCCCGGUCGAAGGCGAAGUCCCGGUCGUCCCGGGCUGGGCUGCAGUUCCCGGUGGGCCGUGUUCACAGGCUCCUGAGAAAGGGUAACUACGCUGAGCGUGUGGGUGCCGGAGCGCCGGUCUAUCUGGCUGCGGUGCUCGAGUACCUGACGGCUGAAAUCCUCGAGCUGGCCGGUAACGCGGCCCGGGACAACAAGAAGACCCGCAUCAUCCCCAGGCACCUCCAGCUGGCCGUGCGCAACGACGAGGAGCUCAACAAGCUGCUGGGAGGGGUGACCAUCGCUCAGGGCGGGGUGCUGCCUAAUAUUCAGGCCGUGCUGCUGCCCAAGAAAACCGCCGCUGGGGGCGCUACUAAAAAGUGA